AUGUCACGCCUCCCACCCCCAAUCGAAAGUUCCAAACUUAGCGCUCUCCUCUCACAGUCGUGCUCUCUGCAGUCUUUAUCGGUGCGCUCAGCCACCCACGUUCUCUCUGUAGUCGCGCUCUCCUCUCAUGGCGCCCAGCCACCCACGUUCUCUGCAGUCACGCUCUCCUCUCACGGCGGCGAACCCACGUUGUUGCAGCAUCUCCCAACGCCGGCGAGAGACCGUUUCUCCCACCACCUCGCAGUGAAGCCUUCCUCCCAACGUCGCCGAACCACUUCGCGGACAGAGCACCACGAAACCCUUGCCAGAUCCAGCACCACCCUCGCCACCCACAACACAACACCUCCCAGUCUCCCACCCAGCCACCGAUUCAAGUCAGAUAUGAAGCUCGAGCCACCGAGUCAGGAACGGUCUUCCCAGCAGCGUCGAGCCACCGACCCCAGUUCCCACCGAGCCACCCAGCACAACACCAGCUAGCAGCCUUCUUUCCGCUGAUUCAACUGAGAUAUGGAGCCCGAGCCUCCGAAUCAGGUAUGUAAUUAAGUAAUUUAACUAAUUUAUGUUCAAUAAAUCAAUAAUCAUUGAUGGAUUGUUGUUGGUUGUUGACUUGUUUAUUUUAUUGUUGUUGCCUUACUGACUUGUAAAUUGUUUGAUUUUGUAAACAGGAUCUUGAUUUGUAAAUUGCUUGUAAAUUGAUUUUGUUGUUUAAUGUAUUUGUUCAUGCAGUUUGAU